AUGGCGGACACACCUCCUCCUGGCAUCGACUUGAACGCGGACCAAGGGCCAAGACUGGUCGGAUCUAUGAUCACCCUCAUAGUACUGCCAACAUUGUUCGUCAUCGCGCGCCUGGUAUCGAGAAAGGUCGCUCGCGCCGGCUACUGGUGGGAUGACUUCUUCGUGGUCCUUGCUUGUGCUCUGUGUUACAUCCAAUGCAUAUGCGUCCUCAUCUCGGAGCGGCGCAAUGACUUUGGCAAGCACAUAUAUGGCCUCAAGGACCCCGCGGACAACACUGUCGAGUUCCUCAAGAUCCUGUACAUCUAUCUCAUUGGAUACUUUUCUGCCACUUCCGUUGUAAAACUCGCUAUUCUUGCAUUCUAUAGACGCAUUUUUCCUGUCCAACAGCUGAAGCUACUCCUGUUCAUCGCAGUCGGCAUCGUACUGUGCUAUUUCCUGGGAUCCCUACUGACGGCGAUCUUCCAAUGUCAACCGAUACACCACUUUUGGAACAGGUUGGGACCGGGCAAGUGUGCCAACGGCGACCUUGUACAAAUCGUUCCUGGAGCCAUCAAUUGCGUUAUAGACUUCUUUAUUAUAAUGCUCCCGAUACCUUUGCUUUGGCGGCUGCGGACAACGGCUUCGCAAAAAGGAGUGUUGACUGGGAUAUUCGUUUGCGCAGGAUUCGUCUGCAUCAUCAGCAUCAUCCGCCUCGUCGUGCUAUCCCGACUCGCCGCCGUCGACGUCACAUGGAACUACGUCGACUCGGCCAUCUGGUCCGCCGCCGAACCCUCCAUGGGCGUCAUCAGCGCCUGCAUCCCCAGCCUCCGGCCCCUCAUCUCCCUCCUCGCCCGCGGCACGACCCGCGGCGUCGGCGUCAGCAAGACGCCCAGGAGCAAACCCAGCGCCCAGGACACCACCAGCAGCGCGGCGUCGCGGAUCGCCUGGCGCAGUCCGCGCGUCGGCCCCGAGGACUGCCGCGAGGGCUAUUUCGAGCGGCUGGAGGACCCGUCGGAGGCGGUCAGUCCGGGGGGCGCGCGGCCGGGGUUUUUCCGCCACGAGGCCAACGUGCGCGGGGGGAAGGUGGUGGGGAGGGGGAGGGAGGAUGAGAUCAGUCUCGAGGAGAUGAAUGUGCCGGCUGGGGGCAUCAGGGUCAAGGAUGAGGUCGUCGUUACGAGUAGUGAUUGGUUGGAGUAUAAGGAUAAGGUGUUUUGA